AUGGCAGGCAGGAACUUCUGGGUCAUCACGGGCGGUGCUCUCGCGGCCGGUGCCGGUUACUACCUCUACAAUGCUGGUGGAAGCCCAAGUGCAGCGGAGAAGCGACUCGAAGCCGAUGCCACCAAGCUCGGCCGUGAGCUCGGCCUGACCAAGACGACCGAGACCAAGAAGGUCGCCGAAGUCUCCGUCGCCGAUGCCGGAAAGAAGAUUGAUGAGAUGACGCGCGACGCGAAGUCCAGCAUUAACUCAGUGGACAAGAAGCUCGAGUCGUACCGCACACAGGCGGAGAAGACCAUCGACUCGACUCUGAAGGAGGCUAGGGACAGCGCCAACAAGGCCGCUGACAAGUUCGACAAGGCGACCCUCGAGGCCACCGACAAGGCGAAGAGCGGCAUCAGCAGCUGGUUCGGUGGAUCCAAGUAA